CCCACCCUCACUCUAUCUUUCUCACCGCUCCUCACUUCAUUUCAUACUCUCUCACCUCACCCGCUGUCUCUUUCUCUUCCUUCUCUACCAUUUCACCAGAGCUCUCACACGCCGUUGUUAGGGCUCGAGAGCUCCCAAUAACUUAGCAUGAACAAAGUUAUCGUCUGAAGCAAUCAGGUUGCUUUUCUUCGAGGCACGCAAAAUGAAUAAAGGAAGUACUUUUUAUGCUGAAGAUGAGAAGUUUCCUUUCCGAAUCACUAGAGCAAGGGCAAGAGCCUUGGGAUCACUAGGAGGAAUACCCACUUCCUCGAGGCCAUCCUUUAAACAAGAACAGAAGCGUGCCCAUCCAGCAAAGUCCAAAAGAGCAGCAUCUGAUGAGAGCAAAGCUUCGGUGGUUAUUCCUGAUGGUCUUCAGAAAAAGAGGCGGGCAAUGCUCACAGAUGUAACAAACAUUUGUGAAAAUUCAUAUCAUAAAAGAAUUGAUGCACCCAGUUUCCAGGCAAAAGGAGGUAAAAAAACAAAGUCAGCUUCUGUUGUGUCCACAGAAGUUUCUUCAACACAAGAAGACGAUAAAACAAAGUUAGCUGAAGAAUUAUCCAAAAUAAGGAUGGUGGAAUCACGCAACACUACUGAUGCAUUAAAGUUGGAAGACAAAAUGCCACCACAACAAUGCAUGUCCAAUGGUGUAGGAGAUUGUCUUUUGGCAGAUCCCAUGCUUUCAACGCAGGACUCUGUGGUGUCUGAUGAAAUCCUGACCGCUCCAGAUAAAGAAAUAGAGAAACUAAGACCCUCAGAUGGCUUGGGCAUUGUAGACAUUGAUUCAGAGUUAAAGGAUUCUCAAGUUUGGAGUUUAUAUGCCCCAGACAUAUACAAAAUCAUACGUGUCACAGAGCUUGAAAGAAGACCAUCAACUGAUUACAUGGAGAAGUUACAGCAGGACGUCAAUCCCAACAUGCGGGCAAUUCUGAUUGAUUGGCUUGUGGAGGUUUCUGAGGAAUAUAAACUGGUUCCAGAUACUCUUUACCUUACUGUAAAUCUCAUCGACCGGUUUCUCUCUAUAAGCUUAACUACGAAACAAAAGCUUCAGCUUGUUGGUGUCGCUUGCAUGCUGAUUGCAUCAAAGUAUGAAGAGAUUUGCGCUCCUCGAGUGGAAGAUUUCUGCUUCAUCACAGAUAAUACAUACACGAGAGAUGAGGUAUUGAAAAUGGAGAGUGAGGUUUUAAAUCUUCUGCAUUUUCAGUUAGCUGUUCCCACCACCAAAACAUUUCUCAGGAGAUACAUCCAAGUAGCACAAUGUUCCUACAAGGUUCCAUGUGUUGAACUGGAAUUAUUGGCAAAUUAUUUAGCUGAGCUUACACUCGUUGAAUACAACUUCCUCAAGUUCUUACCUUCCCUUAUUGCUGCAUCUGCUAUCUUCCUUGCCAGAUGGACGCUCAACCAGUCAGAACACCCAUGGAACCCAACCCUGGAGCAUUACACAAGUUACAAAGCACCAGCGCUUAAAGCUAGUGUUCUUGCUCUGGAAGAUUUACAAUCCAAUACCAAGUCAUGUUCCCUGAAUGCGAUACGAGAAAAAUAUAGACUUCAAAAGUUCAAGCGCGUGGCAGCAUUGUCUGCAAAAACAGUGCUACCUCUUUUCGAGACUCAAUUGUAGAUGAUACAGAGCUCUCAAGAAGGAUCACAUCAAACAUCGACGUUCAAGUUCAAUCAAUUAAGGCACUUGGAGACCUCAUAGUGACGUGAAAUUGGUACAGCAAGAUAGUUUUCAAACAGUAGGUCUGCCCUUAGAGCUAAAUAUUUUUUUUUGAAACUCGCUAGCCUACUAGCAACUGCUAACUUCAGCUACACCCUUCAGGUUGCUUUCUUGCAACAAGCCUCGUUGCUUUAUCAAGAUUACUUUUGUACCCAAACUGUGUAAUGAAAAAAUGCCAAAAAUAUAUUUACAAUCCAUCUUCAUCUUCCA